AUGGACUACCAACAACAAAAUGGACAAAUUCGUAAAAGAAUCAGCAAACAAGUGGACAAAGUCGAAGUUAAUGAUGAUAGCAGUAAUAUCGAGAGUAAAAAUACGAAAAGAAAUACAAAAACAAUUGGGUUGAUAUUUGUAUCGUUACUUUUAGAUUUACUAGCUUUUACGAUGAUUUUACCUCUUCUGCCGUCACUGCUGGAUUAUUAUAACAGAGAAGAAGGCAAAGGGAACAGCCUGUAUGCGUCUCUAUUGAGAGCAGUGCAAAGUUUUCAAAAGCUCACAGGAGCCCCGGAUCAAUUCGCGUCGGUUUUAUUUGGGGGGGCACUUGGAUCAAUGUACAGCUUUUUACAAUUUUUGACAAGCCCAAUUGUGGGAAGCCUCUCAGAUGCAUAUGGAAGGAAACCUAUGCUGUUAAUCUGUUUGGUAGGAAUAACAUUGUCGCAUGCACUAUGGAGUUGCGCAAGUACGUUUAGCGUGUUUGUUUUGGCUCGAUUCAUUGGGGGAUUGAGCAAAGCCAAUGUAAGCCUAAGUAUGGCAGUAGUCACAGACGCCUCCAAUGAGAAAACCAGGGCCAGAGGAAUGGCUUUAAUAGGUUUGGCAUUCUCCAUUGGGUUCAUUGUGGGGCCAGUUACUGGAGCAUGGUUUGCUAAGAACAGUGACUUAACUUCUGGCGCCUGGGGUGAAACGCCCGCUUUCUAUGCCCUGUCUCUUUCUCUUGCCAACAUUCUACUAGUAUUAUUAUUCGUUCCGGAAACAUUGACGAAAGACAAAAGAGCACCUUUAUCAUUCACUCUGUCUAAGUCAGUGGAUUUCGUCUCUCCUUGGCAUCUAUUAAAAUUUACUGCUGUUAAAAAUCUUUCGAAGAAUCAAAGUAGAGUAUUAUCAAAGUUGGGACUGAUCUAUUUUCUAUAUUUAUUUAUUUACUCUGGUCUGGAGUUUACUCUUACAUUCCUAACGCAUCAUACCUUCCACUACACUGCUAUGCAGCAAGGCAAAAUGUUCCUAGUUAUGGGUCUUAUAAUGGCCGUGCUGCAAGGUGGUGCGGCACGUAGGUUGGGGUCCCGAGGCGCUGAAGUAGCCGCUCGGGGUGCUCUGAUUUUGACCCCAGCUUCAUUCUUAAGUGUAGCCUUUGCAGCGCUACCCCAUCCUCCUUUGCUCUCACCUAUAAGUUGGCUUUGGCUUGGACUAGUUUUAUUUGCAUUGUCUACGGCGUUCGCGGUAUCAUGUAUGACAUCGAUGGCCGCGGGUAAAGCGCCAGAGGAAGCGCGGGGUGCAGUACUUGGGACACUUAGAUCGCUGGGGGCUCUCGCUCGUGCCGCGGGCCCAUUGUUGGCGUCUUCAGUGUACUGGUGCUCCGGCGCAAUGAUCACGUACACAAUCGGCUCCGUAAUUCUAAUCAUUCCUGCUGUGAUGUUAAUUAGACUGAAAACAUAA